CAGUGCCAAGAGAGUCGUUUGAAACACAGACAGAAGAAGAAGGACACUGAAGGAGCGUUUUGGUGAGGGUUUAGGAUCAAGGUACAACACUGGGAUGAUUUAUUAUUAUUUUUAAAUAGGUGCAAAGUGGAGAAUGAGAGAGCGAGAGAGAGAGAGAGAACUGAUUGAGAUGUGAGAUGUUUGAUUGAGAUGUGAGGAUGAGUGCAGUGUGCUCGAGUUACUACACCGCGGAGAAGGAGCUGGUGAGAGCGUUCAUCUGUCCGAAAGCCGGCGGCGACGAGCGCGCGCAGUUCUGCUGCGGCUUCAACGAUAUUAAAUACUGCUGUGAUGAUCCCAACAGCUUCUUUCCCUACGAGUACGGAUACAUGUGGUGGCUCAGUAUUGGUGCUCUCAUAGGUCUGUCCGUGGCUGCGGUUGUACUAUUGGCAUUCAUUGUCACUGUGUGUGUUCUCUGCAUCCUCUUCAUCAACACGAAACCCAGUCGGCUGGACAGCGGCCUUCCUCUCAGCGAGCCGGGAAUUCCCCUUGAGCCUGUAUCUGACGUAUUAUUUGUGUUACUUCUCUCAUGUGACGCAGGCCGUGAUCCCAGCCAUUCCACUGGACCUCAGGGUUUCUGCAAACAUUUCCCAAAUAGCAAACUGCACUGUGCCAAGCAGCGGGCAGAGCCCGAGCAUCUGUUUCAGCCCUGCUUCAGGGUCACCAUAGCCAGAGUGAAUGCUGAAGGGCCUUCGUAGGAGCCGUGUCCACUGGCAGGUGCUUUUACUCAGUCAGAGUCAGAAUCCAAGUCAAGCCUCAAGCUGAUCUAAGGGCUCAGCAGUGGCUCUCUGGCGCUCAUGGGAUUUUCACUCGAUGCCUUCCGGUUAUUAGCUUCCAGUAUCCAGAUGAUACCCGACGGUGAGCUGACUAUGAAGUCCUGACUGACCUCACCUGUCUGAUCAGAUCUUCUGAACUAUUGUGGUCUAACACCAUUAUUCUUGGUUUCUUCUGAAUUAAUGGCUCAUGCUGUGUAUCUUGGUUUCAGUUGCAAAUUCGGCAAAUAUUAUCUAGAGGCCAUUAAGGAGAAAAGAUAUUUAACAAAUUCUGUGAUAGACCAAACUAGCCAGCUACUACACUACAAUAAAUAUUUAAGCCAUUAAAUCAUACCUUGUGAACAAAUGGAAUAACAAAAUGAGAACAAA